UUGGUACUGGCGGCGGUGCCGCCGAAGGCUGUCCGAGGUAGGCUGCUCUUGGCUCUCCCAUGGAGGAGGCGGCGCUCGCUGCGGUUCCGGAUGCACGGACUUCCUGCGGGACGACGGCGGAGGCGGUUGCCGUGUGCGCGCAGGAGCGAGCUGCCUGCCUGGGUGUGUGAGCGGGCACCCGGGUCGCCCGCCGGCCUGCGACAGCGCUAAGGUAGCUACUUCCUGUGAGCCAGCUCCGGGGCCGUCUGCGGGCGGAGAGAGGCCCCAGGGCCGACUUUGCUUUUGGCGUGUUGUCAGGUGGAUGCAGCUUCCCCAACGAUCCGCAGUAAGGAAGUCCGUGGUGAGUCGGAUUGCAGUUCAGUCCGGCGGAAGUGUGGCUGCAUGGCCCUGUCCCGUCGCAUGCUCGGCUCGAUAAGUUCUGUUAGGGUGGAACUAACUACUUGGCCAUGGUUAAGAACUUUAAAUGGGAAUAAAGAAUAGCAUUUCCAGGAAAAUGAGAAUGAACAGAUCAUCUCUGCUUUUAAAAAGAAAGACCAUAUUAAGCUCACAUAUCUGAAGACUGCACCAUCCUGCCUCCAGCACAAGCAGCUUCUCUGUCUUGUGAUCAAUGUCACUCACAGGAACUUAAGGAGCAAACGAAAUGAGUGUGGGGCGUGGAAAAUAUGGCUUUUAUAUUGGUCUGGGAUUGGCUAUGACCUCCAGCAUUUUCAUUGGAGGGAGUUUCAUUUUGAAAAAAAAAGGCCUUCUGCGACUUGCCAGAAAGGGCUCCAUGAGAGCAGGUCAAGGUGGCCAUGCAUAUCUUAAAGAAUGGUUGUGGUGGGCUGGACUGCUAUCAAUGGGAGCUGGGGAAGUGGCCAACUUUGCUGCAUAUGCGUUCGCUCCGGCCACACUGGUGACUCCACUGGGCGCUCUCAGUGUCCUUGUAAGUGCCAUUCUGUCUUCAUACUUCCUAAAUGAAAGGCUUAAUCUUCAUGGGAAAAUUGGGUGUUUGCUGAGUAUUCUAGGCUCUACAGUGAUGGUCAUUCAUGCCCCGAAGGAAGAGGAGAUUGAGACCUUAAAUGAAAUGUCCCAUAAGUUAGGUGAUCCAGGUUUCGUGGUCUUUGCAACAUUUGUGGUCAUUGUGGCCUUGAUAUUCAUCUUUGUGGUGGGACCUCGACACGGACAGACAAAUAUUCUUGUGUAUAUAACAAUCUGCUCUGUGAUUGGAGCAUUUUCAGUCUCCUGUGUGAAGGGUUUGGGUAUCGCCAUCAAAGAGUUGUUGGCCGGCAAGCCUGUACUGCAGCACCCCCUGGCCUGGAUCCUCCUGCUCAGCCUUGUGGUCUGUGUGAGCACACAGAUUAAUUAUCUCAACCGGGCUCUGGACAUUUUCAACACUUCCAUUGUGACGCCGAUAUAUUACGUGUUCUUUACAACUUCAGUUCUGACUUGUUCGGCUAUUCUUUUUAAAGAGUGGCAAGAUAUGCCUGCUGAUGAUGUCAUUGGGACUUUGAGUGGCUUCUUCACAAUCAUCGUGGGGAUAUUUUUGUUGCAUGCCUUUAAAGAUGUCAAUUUUAGUCUAGCAAGUCUGCCUGUGUCUUUUCGAAAAGACGAAAAGACAAUGAACGGCAAUCUUUCUAGUCUGUAUGAAGUUCUUAAUAAUAAUGAAGAAGACCUACCCUGUGGAGUUGAACACACUAGUGAAAAUAUCUCCCGUAGAAAUGGAAAUCUGGCAUCUUUUUAAGGAUAAGAUUGAAAAGUUAACCUAUAAUUCUGUUAUAGUGAUUUUUGAGUAUCAGAAUGUAUCUGAAAAAAAAAUUGCCCUCAAAUAAUGUUCUCGGAAGACAAUCUUUUUUAAUUAGUUUUCACUAAUUUGGAUCAAGAAAAUUACUUUUCUUAUAUUUCAAGAAUGGUAGCUCACUAAAAUGACCUCGGCACAUGGCUGAUUUCUAAUAACCCUGUAUUGUUGUAAAAGCAUUUCACGUUUUUACCCGUUCUCCAGAGCUCUAAUGCACUAAUGAUAACGUUAAGCCUAUAAAGAUGCUUUAUCUUUUCAUUGGUGAUGAACAUGAAAAUGUACAUUUGUGAUCCCCAUUCAUCAAUCCCUCACCAUAGUAAGGCUUUUGGAUUAUAAAUAUGAUUCGUCACCCACACAUGGGGUUUCCACGCGCGUUUGCCAGCCUCCUGUGGAAAGCACCGCAAUGCUGCCAGUCAGCACUGCCUGCCUCCGCAGCCACCAGAGCUCCGUGUCGUGCUCACAGUGGACCGUAGCGUCCUUCAGCCCUCCUAACAACUCUGCGAUGUUGACGAAGACUUGUGCGGUCUCUUCAAUUUAGAAACCCGUGCUUGGCUAAAAUGACAAGUUGGAACAAAGUCCUUAUUCUGAUUCCAGAUGCUUAGAUUUAAAUGUUUGUAAAAUAUGGUCUCUUAUUUUACUUAAGAGUUUAAACCUUACACAUUUUGUUUUUUUACAAGCUGUGAAUAAUGUUCAUAGAAAACCGAGAACAAGUACAAAAAAGCUAGACCAAUGUAAGGAGCACUCUCCAGCAUCAGACGUGCCCACUUCUCAGUCAUGUAUUGGACAGACAGACAGAAAAACCACACUCCCCUCCAGGCUGUCCCCACUGACAGGAAGAACUGGAGUUUGGGCCUACGCUUUUUUCUAUUCCUGCCCAUAACUGCAUAGUGGCUUAGUGCUGGGUUUGUGAAAUCCUCUUUGGGGGGUGGGGGCGGGAUAGCUUUGUUUCAUUAUUGGCGUUUUGAGGAGCUCUUGCCUUCUUCUUUCUCUGCUGCCACCCUGUCUAACUCCGUUUUGGCCAUACUGGGUGUCAGUCACAAGACCCAGUAUAUUCUACACAAAUGUUCUAACACUGAGCUACAUUUCCAGCUUUUCUAUGUGAUUUCAGCCCCAGAGCUAAUAGUUUUUCCCUCCACAGAUAUCCUAUAUGUCUGUUUAUGUACUGUAUCUAUGUCUUAUUUUGCACAUAUAAAAAAGCCAAUGUUCAUUCCCUUGGGGAUGAAGAGUUAGUUUCCUCAUUGAGAAUGAGUGUGUUGUAACGUAAAAUACUUUAUACGUACGUAAUCUUGUACACAAGCAUUUUAUUUGGGCUGUCCCUUAGUAAUAUAGUCAUUGACUUUAUUUGGGUUGUCACACAGUCGUUGACUUUUACAAUCCACACUUUCAUAGGCUGAGUACAGAUGCCAUCACAACUUCAUAUCAAAUAUUUUAGGUAACUUUUUGAUAUCAGGCUUGUUAAAGAUGUAACUCAGGUUUACAGUACAGCAGAAUAGUACUUGUGUUUUAUUUUCUAUGUAAAAUAAAGCUCAAAGCUUUUGGA